UACAUCUGGAAGUUUGAAGCUGGAUAGUGCCGCUGACAGCCUGGAGAGAUAAGUGACCAGCGAUCCUUCAUCCUAGGUGUCAGUCAGGGGAGGCUCUCUCUGUGCUUCCAGCUUGCUCUUUUUCUCUCUCUCUCUCUCUCUCUCUCUCUUUCUCUCACCAUCUCUCUCAGUCUCCAUCUGUCUCCCCUGGUUCUUCACUCUUCUUUCCCUCAACCAUGGCUCCGACCCUGGCCACAGCGUUCGCCAGGCGCUGGUGGAUGGCAGUGACUGCUAUCAUUGAGAACCUGCUCUUCUCUGCUGUGCUGCUGGGAUGGGGAUCGCUCCUCAUCAUGCUCAAGUCAGAGGGCUUCUACUCUUACCUUUGCAACGAGGAGGGUAACACCUCCAGCUAUAAUCUGUCCCAACCCAUGGCAACCCCGGCAACUGAUGAGUAUGUUGACUACUAUGAAAGUGAGGGUGCCGUGGUUGGUCUGGGAGAUGGAGUGGAGAUGAGACCCCUUGUCCCCAUGGAUGGGCCCCUGAGGAUGAACGGAUGGCUGAUCUGUAAAGAACAGGAUGAGAUGCUGAACCUGGCGUUCACAGUGGGCUCCUUCCUGCUCUCAGCCAUCACGCUGCCGCUGGGGAUUGUCAUGGAUAAAUAUGGGCCUCGCAAGCUACGACUGCUGGGCAGCACAUGCUUUGGAUUGUCCUGUCUACUCAUUGCUUAUGGAGCCUACCAACCAAAUGAACUCUCUGUCCUUAUCUUCAUUGCCCUGACUUUCAAUGGCUUUGGAGGCAUGUGCAUGACCUUCACCUCUCUCACACUGCCUAACAUGUUUGGGGACCUCCGUUCCACUUUCAUCGCCCUGAUGAUUGGCUCCUAUGCCUCCUCUGCUGUCACCUUUCCUGGUAUCAAGGUGAUCUAUGACGUUGGAGUACCUUUCAUCACUAUUCUGGUGGUGUGGGCUGCCUGUGCUGGACUGGUCUUCAUGAACUGCUUCUUCAACUGGCCACUGGAACCAUUUCCAGGACCAGAGGACAUGGACUACACUGUGAAGAUCAAGUUCAGCUGGCUAGGCUUUGACCACAAAAUUACAGGGAAGCAGUUCUACCGCCAAGUGACCACUGUGGGCCGUCGCCUCAGUGUGGGCAACAGCCUGAAGCAGAAGGAGCUGGCGACUAAGGAUGGCCACAAGCUCUGCCUCUCCACCAUGGACCUGGAAAUGGAGUGCAAGCCACAAGAAGAGGCCCAGUCCUUCUUGAAAAGUAUCAUCAGCCCGAUCUUCCUGCUCAGUCUGGUGACCAUGUCCGUCACUCAGCUUCGUCUCUUGUUCUACAUGGGGGCCAUGAACAGCGUCCUGGAGUCUCUCAGUGAUGGAGACCUCAACACAGUGAGUCUAUACUCCUCCAUCUUUGGUGUGCUGCAGCUGCUUUGCCUGAUGACCACUCCUGUGAUUGGUCAGAUCAUGGACUGGAAGCUGAAGGACUGUGAUGAUGGAGAGGAGGAAAAGGAGCCCUGCAGCAAGGGGGAGACAAAGAAAAAGCGCAGAGACAGAAAGACCCAGAAGGUGACCAAUGCCUUGCGAGCUUUCGUCCUCACAAACCUACUUUUAGUAGGAUUUGGGAUCACUUGCCUAGUGCCCAAUCUCCCUCUGCAGAUUGUGUCAUUUGUCUUACACACUGUGGUGAGAGGAUUCAUUCACUCUGCUGUUGGUGGCCUUUAUGCCGCGGUGUAUCCCUCCUCCCAGUUUGGCAGUCUAACAGGCAUGCAGUCUCUAGUCAGUGCUGUGUUCGCUCUGCUGCAGCAACCUCUCUUUCUGGCUAUGAUGGGACCCCUGGGGGGAGACCCCCUCUGGGUCAAUGUUGGGCUCCUUGUUCUUAGUAUGCUGGGCUUCUUGCUGCCUCUCUACCUGAUCUGCUACAGAGUGACGCUCAACAGAGAGCAACAGCAGAGGGAGGACAACGCUAAGAUCUACAUCAAAAUUAACGGCUCCGACAUCCCUGAGGCCUUCGUCUAGAGAAAAGUAAAUGAAGUGAGAAGGACAACAGCAAAUGAAGAUUUCUUAAUGAGAAACGUUGGCAAUCCAGUGAUACAUGCACACAUACACAUACAGUAUAAAUGGAUAAGUGAAAUCUUAAAUAUCACAUUUAUCUAUUGAUUACACACACAAAAAGCCUGCCACCUCCAUUUUUCCAAAAUUUCAAUAAGAUAAACUGAUGCUGCGGUUGUCAGGGAAACAAGUCCAGUGGACAGUUGCGAAGGAGAAAAGUGAAACGUGGAGAGGAAAAGAAGAAAAAGAGAGAGGAAAAGACUGUGAAAGGAAAGAGGCAUCAGCCUCUGUAUUCCCCCAAAUCCUCUGACUUCUCUUUUUAUUCCCUCCUCUCUGAGCAGCACACUAGUGGAACUGCAAUCCACAUAAGACUGCUUUAAUAUUCCCUGUGCUAGCAGAGAAAAGGAAAAAGAAAGCUUGUUUAGCCCGCGAAUUUCCAGCUGUGAAACCAGCAAGACUGCAAAAUGUCACCCUCCCGAGUACCAACCUUAUUUAGUCAGUGAUUCCAUUGUUAUGAGUUUUGUUUUCUCUUUCCUUAAUAUGCCUACUUUAAAUCAUGCUGAUUGUAAAACCCCAUAACACGGUGCUACCUAUCUAUUCAUCAGCUGGACUUUUUGAGAGAUGGUGUAAGGUAAGUGUGGACUAAAGGGCAUUAAUGAGUGACAGGGAGCGGAGUCGAGACUUAUUGCUGAUGUUGAGCAAGAAGAAAAGACAGUCAUGAUGAUUAAUUAUGGGGCUUUUUUUCUUUUCUUUUUUUUUUACAAAUUAACAUCUUAUUACUGUAUAAAACUACUGUAGCUUAGAAUAUACUGUAGUAUUGGAUCAAUGUCUGUCUUAUGCAGCUGUAUUCUGUAAGAGGGACAUCAAACAAAUGGCAAUAUGUUUUCCUAAAAGCAAAAUGUUCAUGUAUGUGCAGAUUAUUUAUUUUAUUUCCUACUUUUUUAGUAUCAUUUUUAUACUUGAAGUUUACCAGACGUUCCUUUUGAAUAUACCUUCAUGUAAAAGAUAAGAUUUAUUCAUUGGGCAGCAUGUUCUAUUGAACUUUUUACAAAUAUCAGUGACAAUAGUGUCCCUUUUGCAAUACAUGGUAAUACAAUUUACGUAUACAUUAAACAUGCUCUCCAGUAAGUGUAUCCACAAAACCAUAAUCAUGCAGGUGCCUUAACUUAAAGUCAGUAUUUCAUUCAGUCUGUCUACCUACUGAUUAAAAGAAAUGCAGCACUUUAUACCCCAUUAACCCCUUUAAAUUUCACAAACAUUAGCUCAUUUCAGCACUUCUCUCCUGAUGCCUCUCUUGAGAAAUAGUCCCACUUUAAUUUUGAGCUCCUCCUUCCUUCACACGUGUAUUUAUUUUAUUUUACACUCACUUUUCCAUCAUAAAUCUCAUGAUGUGUUUAAAUUUCACUGUGCUGGCAACUACACAUAUGUCAUUUAGUGUUUUGUUUGCAUGGAACUCUUUCUUCUAUCACUGAACAUAAUGUAGAGAUGUUUGUUAUACAGGCACUCCAGUUUGAUAUGGAAGAGUUAGUGGGGUUUAAUAAAGAUGUGUUGAUCUCUUUAAA